GCAAGCAGACACAGCCGGGAGCAAGCUGGGCUAAUACACCGCCGCCAGGGACCGCCGGGGACGAGGCGCAGUUUAUUGGACACUAGCAGCACCUAUGUCCUCCAUCGCUGCGCUUCGACUCGUCACCGCGCGCGUCGCGCCGGCCGGCAGGAGGGCAAUGGGCGGAGGUACCGUAUCGCGCCGCGUCCGUAGAUUAAGGGGCGCGCCCCAGCCUUCAACCUGCGCGCUGGACUGGUCAUUUUCGAAGCGCUACGUUGGGUAGACCCACUCGCGCCGACGCGGGGCCCGACGUCGGACCUUCGACGCUCCGCGACGCCACCGACGCGACUGCCGCUCGACAGUGAACGAGCCUCCGCGCGCGCGCGUCCUCGACCCCCGCGCCCCGCGCAGUUCGACGGCAAGCCGUUCAACAAGGGCAGCAUGGCCGCGUCCGUCAUCGCGACCGUCGCCGGCGGCGCGGGCGUCAUCUGCUUCGCCGCGUUCUUCCAGAACAAGAAGCACGGCUUCAUCAAGUAAACAGCGGGGCGUCGUAAGGUACUAGCUUGUUUAUAACACAAU